UCGGGCUUGCUGCGGGAGCCUGCGCUCCUUCGUCCCCCAUGCAGCGAGGGGCCUUCCAGUGAUCGCUGUCUUCUAUCCCAUGAAAGAUCUUGAGGCCAAUCUAUGCAAAGGAUAUAUAAAAAUGAUGACUAAUAUAGUUAUCCUGAGCUUGAUUCUUUUUAUUUCUUUAUCUUUCUGGAUUAUGUCUAUGACUGCGAGCACCUAUUAUGGUUCCUUGCAUCCUAUUUCUCCAUGGCGAUGGCUGUUUUCUGUGAUCGUUCCUGUUUUGAUUGCAUUCAAUGGCUUAAAAAAGAAGAGCCUGGAUCACACUGGUGCUUUGGGAGGAGUAGUAGUUGGAUUUAUCUUGACCAUUGCAAAUUUGAGCUUUUUUUCUUCUUUGAUGACAUUUUUCAUUUCUUCCUCAAAACUCACCAAGUGGAAAGAAGAAGAAAAGAAGCGUGUAGAUCCAGAAUACAAAGAAGGGGGGCAGAGAAAUUGGAUUCAGGUUUUCUGUAAUGGAGCUGUCCCUACUGAGCUGGCAUUACUCUACAUGAUAGAAAAUGGGCCAGGUGAAAUCUGCAUCGAUUUCUCCAGACAGUACACAGCCUCCUGGAUGUGUUUGUCUCUCUUGGCCUCCCUGGCCUCCUCUGCAGGAGACACGUGGGCUUCAGAAAUCGGCUCUGUUGCCAGCACCACCCAGCCAAGGCUCAUAACGACCUGGCAGAGAGUUCCGAUCGGCACCAAUGGCGGCGUCACGGCGGUGGGCUUCCUCUCGAGCUUCCUGGGCGGCUCUCUGGUGGGCAUGGCCUACUUCUUCUCGCAGCUGAUCUUUGUGAACGACCUGGAUUCCUCGGCGCCCCAGUGGCCGGUGGUGGCCUUUGCGGGAAUGGCCGGCUUGCUGGGCUCAGUUAUUGACUCGUACCUCGGGGCGACCAUGCAGUACUCUGGUUGGGAUGAAGCCACCCGCAGCGUCGUCAGCCAGCCCACUGGGGAGACAAAAUACAUUUCUGGGAAGCCGAUCCUUGACAACAACGCCGUGAACCUGUUUUCCUCCAUCCUCAUCGCCCUCCUGCUUCCUAGUGCAGCCUGGGCUCUCUGGCCCAUAGACUGAACUUCCCAUCCGUUAGAGACUAAAGCGGAGGCCAGUGGAAGGCCGCGAUUCUAAGAGUUAGCCUCCAAUCAUUCGAAUCACCCCGCUUAUAGGGAUGGCAUUAAUUUUGUAUUCUAUCUUCCCAUCCUCAUAAAUCUCAUGUCAUAACUGGAAACAUUCCAGCAAAGAAAAUUCAAAUAAAAAAAAACCCAACAAAAAAACAGAAACAAACUUCUCUUCUAGGACCUGAGCAGGCGGAACCUGGCCCGAUGGAGCUGUUGGGACAGAAAGAGAAAUCUUUUCUGAUUGGCUUCGGCAGACAAAGAAGACCGAUGCCCUCUGGGGCACCCUCGGGGGUUUGUGCACCUCCAGUGGGGAACUAGAAAUUGCGGGAAGAUAUCUAACCUGCCCCCCCACCCCCAUACCAGGCUCAGCGGCAUCCAUUCGGAGCAGAUAUUUAAACCAAACAAACACACGCUCCGGAGCUUCCCGCUCUUUGUCAUCAAGUGGCUUCCGUCGUGGUCCCGAGUAGAACCUUGUUUUCAGCUCCGAGUCCGCCGUGUCUGUAAGAGCAUCCUCAUUCCUACCUGUUUAGUUAGUGGGAAAAGUGUCAUGAAAUAGGUAGUCGUGCUUGUUCUUAUGUCUAUCAGAAUGUGGAAAAAAAAAUUGACCCAUAAGAGGAAAAAAACAACCCAGCAACAGAUGUCUUGCAUGUCUUUCAGUGUUGAUCCUAUGUAUCCUACUGGCUUUUUCCAAAAAGAUGCUGUGUAGAAAUUAAUUUAUUCUUUUUCGGUAGAUUGAGAAAAAAAGUCUUUCAGAAGAUGAUUUUUUUAAGUACCUUUUUUUUUUUAAGUAAAGUAGUAUAAGCUUGCCACUUGGAAUUUGCAUUCGAGGCAUUGAUGGCUUGUGGCACCACUGGGAUCGUGAUGCAUUUACCUGCUAUCCGAGGACCUGUGGGGGGACUCAUCAGAAGGCACAAGGGUUGUUUUUUGUUUUUUUUUUGUCAUAGAGACGUACUUCAUCAUCCCUUCCUUAAGGGUGGUUCCCCAAUUGUCAGUUUUAUUCACAAUAAAAACAGGUCUGUUUGCUCCUUUAUUUUUUCACUUUUCCUGUCA